UCGUGCGAUCUGCCAUAUUAAAUGUUGUGCUGUAUAUAAGACGGCAUCGUAAAGGUAGCUGUUUUAUUACAAUUUUACGCAUUUAAUUAGUAGUUUUCCUAACUAUUUACCAUGAAAGCCAUAAUACAACGUGUCACCUCAGCGAAAGUGAUGGUUGGUGACGAAGCAGUAAGCUCGAUUGGCCGUGCACUGUGCAUGCUAGUAGGCAUUUCAUCCGAUAACAAUGCAAACGAUAUGGAGCGGAUGUGGGUAGGCAAUAGAAAACGCACGAAAGUUCCUCAAUCUACGGCUGUUCGAUGAGACAGCUACCGGAAACCGGUGGACAGAAUCGGGCGAAGCGCCUGGAAAUACUGUGCGUUAGUCAGUUCACCAUUGGUUGAAGGGAAAUAGUAGGGCCUGUAGGGCAGUCGUACAGAUAGUUUCUGAAGCAGUUACGUGAACAGUGCAUCUCAGAACGCAUACAGGACGGUUGGUUUGAGACAAUGAUGCAUGUAUUCAUUCAAAAUGAUGGACCAGUUGCGCUGGAAAUCGGAUCACCCGCACGGAGUGAAUAACAGCGCCAAAAGUUAAGGCGAACGAUGGACCUUAAAACCAAAUCAUCGGCAAACCAAAGGGCAGCGUAGAAAAAUUUUACCAGUGCAGAAUGAGAGCCUAACUGUUUUGUUUUGGACGAAGAAAUUAGCUGCAUUCGUAGAAUUUUGUCGUAGGAAACGACGGGUUUUAACAUUUUAAGUAACAGCAGAGCAUCUAACAGAGGUGGUAGUUUAUCCAUACCAUGCGAUCUGUCACUUUACACCCCGGUGAAAAUACUAUACAUAUUAAAAGAAUAAAUUUAAAAUAUUUUCUUGAAAUACCUACCUUAUGAAAGAUUUUCUUGAAAUAAUUUAUGAAAGAAUUCAAUGAAGAACUACCUCCUCCGAUGGAUGCUCUCUUGUUAAAAUGUUUCUACCGUUCACUCAUACUAAUAUGACGGCUAAAUGGGAGAAGUGUUACCUCCUCCGUCGGAUGCUCUCUUGGUGUCGAAAAGUCGUUUUGGAUUUUUGUCGUUUGCAUCUCGCGUGCGGCAAAAUCGAACGGUGAUUUAUGUUACCUCUUUUGUGGGAUGCUCUCUUGUUAAAUUUUUUCUACCGGUCACUCAUACUAAUAUGACGGCUAAAAGCUGUUAUUUUCUGCGACAAAAUUCUCAGCACGUGGUCAGUUUCUGGAAUCGUAACAACACGGAAAGGACACGAUUUUUAAGUUUUCAGUUUUAUAAAGUUUAUUUCCAAUGUAAUUAUAUUAGAUACAUUAAAAUAAAGCAAAUAUCUGUGUAAUUUUCCAAAAAUCACUCGAAUACGAUCUUUUAAGAAAAUGAUAGAUCAAAAGUAUCC